GAGAGGGGGGGAAGAAGGAUGGAGGGCUCAAGGGAGAGUGGGAAAACGCAGGCGCGGACGCAGACGCAAUAAGUGGACGAAACGGCGCCGAGCAUUCCGGCAACGGCAGACAACGCGGCACGAUCAAGCCGAGGUGUAAUCCAUCGUCGAGCAUCGCCUUACUUCGUCGUAUACUCUUAUAGCGUGUAGACACAGGAGAGGAGGCAAGGAUAUGGGUGUCGUUAAGACCGCCUCGGAGAGCGUCCUCGAGGACAACGUGGUCCCCAGCGAGGAGGCGAAUUAUUCCGUGCAAGGUCAUGCCGAAGAAUGGACGGAAACGUUCCCGUAUCAGCUGCUGGUCGGAACAGGAGUGGCGUUGAUGGCUCUAUUACUGCUGGCCGCCGUGAGUUUUCAAUGUUCUUCGACCUGGCAAUGGUUAAUGAGGGUGAGACGGCACAUGAAGGAGGAGGACGCCGAGAGCGACUUAUCGCAACAGAACGCCAUACGUAUCAGUCAUUCUCUGCCGGAUCUCCAAUCUGAGCCGAUCACUCAUGAGUACGUCCAGGAGCAAAAGGAUAGCAAAAAGGUAUUGCGCCAAACAACUUUGCCCAUUGUCCCGAUGAGGCACCAGAGCUUUCAGAGGCAGCUCUCCCAUCGUCUCGAUCUACCCAUCAAAUUCAGCAUCUAUAGUCUGGAUAAACGUAGCGAUUCCAACCUUGGUUUAAUCAAGCCGGAACUUUACAAAAAGGAAUUGGGAGACGAUGCUGAGAGCGCGAGCAUCACGGAAAUGGAGUAUGCCGGCAAGCUGCGUUUUGCUCUGCGCUACGACAAGGAGAUGGAGGGGUUGGUGGUCAAAAUCUUAGAGGCUCGAGAAUUGCCGGUGAAGGAUGUGACAGGCAGCAGCGAUCCCUAUGUGAAGGUAUACCUUUUGCCAGAUCGAAAGAAGAAAUACCAAACUAAAGUGCAUCGAAAGAAUCUGAACCCCAUAUUCAACGAAACCUUCAUAUUCAGCAUGUCGUAUGAGGAAUUGAAGGAACAGUAUCUCCAAUUUUCUGUCUACGACUUUGAUCGAUUCUCCCGAAACGAUUUAAUCGGACAAGUGGUGCUCAAAGAAUUGCUGGACUGCACCGAACAGGAGAUCGAAUAUACAAUGGAAAUUCUGUGCGCCAUGCAGGACAAGGUUGACCUAGGAAAAUUGAUGCUGUCUCUUUGCUAUCUGCCAACUGCUGGUCGGCUAACAGUGACUGUAAUUAAAGCGAGAAACUUGAAAGCCAUGGAUAUAACAGGAUCAUCAGAUCCGUACGUGAAAGUGUACCUGCUGUGCCAAGACAGACGGAUCAAAAAGAAGAAGACCUCUGUGAAGAAGAACACUCUGUUCCCGGUGUACAACGAGAUCCUGGUGUUCGACGUGCCCGCGGAGAACAUCGAGGACGUGAGCCUGAUAGUAAAAGUAAUCGAUUACGACAGGAUCGGCUCGAACGAAUUGAUGGGUUGCACGGCGAUCGGCGCAGAUUUCAUCGGUAUCGGACGCGAACAAUGGCUCAAGAUGUUGGAGAACCCGAGGAAACCGGUGACGCAAUGGUACCCGCUCAUGGAAACCAUCCCUGGACACAUCCCAUCCGUGAGUUCGGAACCACUUCCAGUGAGUUUGAGCUGCUUGAACAGCAGAUGAAAACAGCACGGUCGGGAUAGGUAUCGCGAGAAGUCGCAGUUCUUGCCGGAUGUCGGCUUGGGCGUUGUUUCCUUCUGUCGUCAUUUAAUGCACACCGCUUGACUGACUUAAGUACAAUUUCUAUCUCAUCAAAAAAAAAGAAAAGAAAAAAAA